CACAUCUGUAAAGAAGACAGAAAAAUGGCGGACCUCAGGAAAAUCAGUUCUGGGUCUCUGCCCUAUGUAAACGUUUCGCGAAAAGUGUCUUUUCAAGGGAAGGUUUUUAUCCUACUAUGUAUAAUAUUGGCCGAACCUGGAGGAGCUACCACCCACUGGGUCGUCACUGAAGAUGGAAAAAUUCAACAGCAAGUUGACUCUCCUUUGAAUCUUAAACAUCCACAUGACCUUGUCAUCUUCAUGCGACAGGAGACCCGUGUCAACUACCUGAAGAAGUUAGAGAAGCAGCUUGUCGCUCAGAAGAUUCACAUUGAGGAGAAUGAGGACAGGGACACUGGCUUGGAGCAGAGGCACUAUAAAGAGGAUGCCGACUGUGUCACGGCUAAAGUACCCCUGGGAGACUUGGAUCUCUACGAUGGUACCUACAUUUCCCUGCAGAGUAAAGACAUCAGCCCUGAGGAUUACGUAGAUUUUAGGUCCCCUCUACCCCCGGAUCUGGAGAAGCCUGACUGUGCCAGAGUAUUUGAGCUCCCAUAUAGUAUCCACAGUUUCCAGCAUCUCCGGGGUGUGCAGGAACAGGUGAACCUCACAUCUCCUCUGCUCUCUAAAGAGGACCCCAUUUUUGGCUCCCUGUCCCACAAACUGGGCCGCAGCAUGGACGAGGUGGGCCAUGGCAUCCAGCAGGGCCUGCUGAGGAACUCCUCAUCCUGGGUGCUGUAUAACCUGGCGUCGUUCUACUGGAGGAUAAAGAAUGAGCCCAGGCGGGCGGUGGACUGUGUGGUCCGGGCCCUGCACUUCUCACCCAGGCAGCACAAGGACCUGGCCCUGGUGAACAUGGCCAACAUCCUGCACCGGGCCCACUUCUCUGCUGACGCUGCCAUCGUGGCUCACGCUGCCCUGGAUUUGACCUCUGACCUUCUCACCAGCCACUACACCCUGGGCAACAUCUACGCAAUGCUGGGGGAGUAUAACCACUCAGUGCUGUGCUAUGAGCAGGCUCUCCAGGCCCAGCCGGGCUUUGAGCAGGCCCUGAGGAGGAAGCACGCCGUCCUCUGUCAGCAGAAACUGGAGCAGCGCCUGGAGGCCCAACACAGGUCUCUGCAGCGCACGCUGAACGAGCUGAAGGAAUACCAGAAACAGCAUGACCACUACCUGCGUCAGCAGGAGGCCCUGGACAAAUACAAGCUGCUGCAGGAAGAGCAGAUCCUCCGCAACAUCAUCCACGAGACCCAGAUGGCCAAGGAGGCACAGCUGGGCAACCACCAGAUGUGUCGUCUAGGCCAGCAACAGAGCAGCCUCUUCUGCCCCUUGGACCUGCCGGUGCGUUAUCACCGUGGCGACCUGUUUGAGCACGUUCACUACAUCCAGUUUGGAGAGGAGGUCUCUGUGGCGGGCAGCGUUGCUCUGGUGUCGGAGCCUAGCACCAACCAGACCACCAGCCCACACCUCCACCCCUCUGUGUCCGGAGACCCUGAGCCUGCAGCCCUCUGGGGCCACCAGGCCUCCCCCACCGAAGACAUUCAGAGGCUGCUGUGGCCUCGGAGGGCAGACUGUGCUGAUGAGUUUCCUGUCAUCCCCCCCGCCCACCUACUACCCACCUUCUACCUCCCACCUGAGACACAGGGCCCCAGCCUCCAGACUGUGCUGUACGGUACCGGACCCCCUCCCUCCUCCCUGGCUUCCCCAGACUGUGGCCCUGUGCUCCAGCCCCCUCCAGCUGACCUGCCUGCCUCUGUGGGCUGGCCCUUGGAGGACAAGGAGCUGCCAGACCCCCACGCCACCCAGGUACUGCUGUCUCGCAGCAGAGGCUGGAGUUUGGAGCAGGCUGGUGCCAGCAUAGCCCAAGCCAUGAAGAAGGCUAGCGCCCCUGGCUGGUUGCUCCAGAACGAGGCGGCUUUGUUCUGGCGGGCGAAGGGUAACGGUACCAGCUCGCUGCAGUGUCUGCGCCACUCCCUGGCCUCGGCUCCGCCCACCCAGCGCCACCUGCCCCUCGUCAACGCUGCCAAUCUGCUUCUGCGCCACGGCCUCAGCGUCCACGCACACACCCUGCUGGAGGACGCCCUGGCACUCAACGCCUCUGAGCCCCACACACUCCUGAGCCUGGUGAGCGUGAAUCUGGCCCAGGGCAACGUGACGGGCGCCCUGGACCUGUUCCGCCACACCCUGGCUCUCUCUGCCAGUUGUGCCCAGUGCCGUGCCAGCCUGCCCCUUCUGCGAUGCCUGCAGUUCUACCCCUUCCUAUACAACCUGCAGCGCUCGCCAUGUCCGCAGGGUUCUGUGUGUGUCGGGGAGGAGGAUGUGACUCUACAUCUAGAUGAAUGGGAGGCUGGCAGUAGACAGAAGCAGCAGGAGGACCCCACCACCACGGCUGCCCAGGCUCUGCCUGUCUCCACUGUGGAGGAAGCACUCCUGUUUGAGAAGGUGGUGCUGGACAGUAACGGCUCUGGAGAGGCAAGCCAACAGCCUGGAGGAGGAGAGGGGGAUGAGGAGGAGUGGCAGCUGAAGGAGGAGCUGAUGGGGGCCUUCGAGGGGGCUCUGGACGUUGGGGGAAAGCGGGGCGACCUGAGGGGCAUCCGCGUGCUGAAGAACGACAGGGUGAUGGGAGCGGGCCGGAGCGGAGGAGGGCCCUGCUUCGGGAACUGUGAGGAUGACGAGGGGGCUGAGUGGAUCACGUUCCAGGUGAAGCGUGUGAGGAAGCCCAAGGCGGAUAGCCCCGAGGGCUGGGGCAGUGCUGAGGACAGCCUGCAGGGGGAGACACUGCUCCCUGGAGGCCACUCUGUCCUGGAGAUCAGCGGCCCCACCAUCCCGUCCCCUGGGCCCUCGGGGCGAUGGAGGGACUACACCAGUCUGGGCUGGCCGGGGCCAGAGGAGUGCCAGAGAACACGCAGGGUAGACCUCACCACCGUGGCCAGUACCUGGCUGGCCGUGUCUGCCAAGAACAUCGACAUCACGGAACACAUCGACUUUACCACUCCACUCCAGGAGCCUGCGGUGGAGCCGUUGUGCAACGCCAACCUGGCUGCCAGCAUGCACACCCUGGACCACUUGGCUGGCGUGGCCAACCGCGCCGCCAUACACUACACCGGAGAGAGUCAACUCAGAGAGGUUCUACAGAAUCUGGGCAAAGAUAAGUUCUCCUCUCAGUCCUUUGAGCAGGUGGGCACGCGCAUCGCCAAGGUCUUGGAGAAGAACCAGACAUCGUGGGUUUUGUCCAGCAUGUCUGCUCUCUACUGGAGGGUGAAAGGUCAGGGCAAGAGGGCCAUCGACUGCCUACGCCAAGCCCUCCACUACUCCCCGCACCACAUGAAGGAUGUACCUCUGAUCAGCCUGGCCAACAUCUUCCAGAACGCACGGCUGUGGGAGGACGCCCUGACCGUGGCCCGCAUGGCUGUGGAGAUCGCCCCACACUUCGUUGUCAACCACUUCACCCUCGCCAACGUCUACAUCGCCAUGGAGGAGUUUGAGAAGGCCAUGCGCUGGUAUGAGUCCACUCUGGAGCUGCAGCCAGAGUUUGCCCCUGCCAAGGACCGCCUGAGAACCAUCCAGUGUUACCUGCUAACCAAGAAGGACCGCCGUCUACCCUGAGACGACUCCACAGGAGAAGCCCUCGGAACACACACACACCACACACACAUACAAAAACAUAACUUACAGUAGUUACUCACAAGAAAGCGGUUGUUGAAUUUUUUGGUUUUAAAGUCAAUGCCAUAUAAUUUAUGUCCAAAGGAAUUCAGGGGUUCCAGUCGCUGUGACCUCAGACUUUGGUCGUAGGGGGUAAAACCAACCACUUCCAUUCGCUAAACAUUCACUAAAUUACCCAUGUUACCUUUUGAAGAAGCCCUCCACCUGAAAAGCCCUCCACCAUCACUCAGCCUCCCUGUCCCAUAGACUACAGUAUAUAGAGCCCAGCAUAGUCCCAUCACUCAGCCUCCCUGUCCCAUAGACUACAGUAUAUAGAGCCCAGCAUAGUCCCAUCACUCAGCCUCCCUGUCCCAUAGACUACAGUAUAUAGAGCCCAGCAUAGUCCCAUCACUCAGCCUCCCUGUCCCAUAGACUACAGUAUAUAGAGCCCAGCAUAGUCCCAUCACUCAGCCUCCCUGUCCCAUAGACUACAGUAUAUAGAGCCCAGCAUAGUCCCAUCACUCAGCCUCCCUGUCCCAUAGACUACAGUAUAUAGAGCCCAGCAUAGUCCCAUCACUCAGCCUCCCUGUCCCAUAGACAACAGUAUAUAGAGCCCAGCAUAGUCCCAUCACUCAGCCUCCCUGUCCCAUAGACUACAGUAUAUAGAGCCCAGCAUAGUCCCAUCACUCAGCCUCCCUGUCCCAUAGACUACAGUAUAUAGAGCCCAGCAUAGUCCCAUCACUCAGCCUCCCUGUCCCAAUGACUACAGUAUAUAGAGCCCAGCAUCACUCAGCCUCCCUGUCCCAUAGACUACAGUAUAUAGAGCCCAGCAUAGUCCCAUCACUCAGCCUCCCUGUCCCAUAGACUACAGUAUAUAGAGCCCAGCAUGGUCCCAUCACUCAGCCUCCCUGUCCCAUAGACUACAGUAUAUAGAGCCCAGCAUAGUCCCAUCACUCAGCCUCCCUGUCCCAUAGACUACAGUAUAUAGAGCCCAGCAUGGUCCCAUCACUCAGCCUCCCUGUCCCAUAGACUACAGUAUAAAGAGCCCAGCAUAGUCCCAUCACUCAGCCUCCCUGUCCCAUAGACUACAGUAUAUAGAGCCCAGCAUAGUCCCGUCACUCAGCCUCCCUGUCCCAUAGACUACAGUAUAUAGAGCCCAGCAUAGUCCCAUCACUCAGCCUCCCUGUCCCAUAGACAACAGUAUAUAGAGCCCAGCAUAGUCCCAUCACUCAGCCUCCCUGUCCCAUAGACUACAGUAUAUAGAGCCCAGCAUAGUCCCAUCACUCAGCCUCCCUGUCCCAUAGACUACAGUAUAUAGAGCCCAGCAUAGUCCCAUCACUCAGCCUCCCUGUCCCAUAGACUACAGUAUAUAGAGCCCAGCAUAGUCCCAUCACUCAGCCUCCCUGUCCCAUAGACUACAGUAUAAAGAGCCCAGCAUAGUCCCAUCACUCAGCCUCCCUGUCCCAUAGACUACAGUAUAUAGAGCCCAGCAUAGUCCCAUCACUCAAACCUCCCUGUCCCAUAGACUACAGUAUAUAGAGCCCAGCAUAGUCCCAUCACUCAGCCUCCCUGUCCCAUAGACAACAGUAUAUAGAGCCCAGCAUAGUCCCAUCACUCAGCCUCCCUGUCCCAUAGACUACAGUAUAUAGAGCCCAGCAUAGUCCCAUCACUCAGCCUCCCUGUCCCAUAGACUACAGUAUAUAGAGCCCAGCAUGGUCCCAUCACUCAGCCUCCCUGUCCCA